AUGCUCCUUACAUCUAGAAUCACACUCCAAAUGUGGGACCAUCUCCAUAAACGACAUGCGAACAUUACGAAAUUUUCCCCAUGGGCUACGAUAACAACGCUCCAUUCAAUCUCCCCAUGGUUAUCUUUACAUAAAUGGAAAGACAAGGGCAUCACACACAUCACUGAUAUAUAUCAACAUGGGACCAUUUUACCCUUCCCCGAUAUUCAACUCAAAUAUGCCUUACCGUCCAACUACAUAUUCCCAUACCUCCAACUCAAAAGCACAAUUAAAGAAAGGGUACACACCCCGACCCAACAUGCUCCCGCCCCUAACCUUGACCUUAUAGCUAUAUAUAAUAGGUGCCGGAAUGCGCCAAUCAAAGCCAAAGCUUUAUCCCUUGAAUAUGCCGCCUUAGGGCAACAUCCCCCUAUGACGAAUUUCGCUUUUACGAUUCAAUGGCAUAAAGAAGGGCACCCACAGCUCACUACUGAGCAGUGGCUACAGUCACUUGGGGCACUCAAGGGCGUGACUUCUUGCUACUCCCACAUAGAGGCACAUAAGAAACUUGUGUAUCGGUGGUACCUCACACCUCACAAACUACAUAAAAUUUAUCCGGCAACACCGAACACAUGCUGGCAAUGCUCUAAUGAUAUAGGGACAAUGAGGCAU